AUGAGCAGCGCCUCUAUGGCGGCUUGCUUCAACUACGAAAAUUCGCCGAAACAAACAAAUAAAGGCGACAAGAAGGAUAAUAAUCUGAAUAUUAUGGACGCUGUAGCAAUGCACCGACCGCAGUCUGCAUCAUCACGUCAAGAUGAAGAGCUAAUGCAGAAGAGUACAAGAGCUCUUUCCUCAACUACUGACCCUCUAGAGAAGUUGCGUCUGAUGUGCCUGUCACGUGGUGCUGUCGGCAUUCUAGGCUUGGGAAGAGUAUUCCGUCGUAUGGACGAUGAUGGCAGCAAGCAGUUGAAUAAAGAUGAAUUUAUCAACGGUAUCAGAAAGUCGGGUGUUGAAUUAUCAAACGAGGAUGCAGAGGAAUUAUUUGAGCGAUUCGAUACGGACAAGAGUGGUUCUGUCAGCUUGGACGAGUUUCUUAUGAAAAUAAGGCCGCCGAUGUCAGAAUCCCGCCGAGCUAUAAUUGAGCAAGCAUUUAAGAAACUGGACAAGUCUGGUGACGGAUUGAUCACUGUUGCCGAUAUUCGCAAUGUUUAUUCUGUCAAUUCACAUCCAAGAUAUAUGAGCGGGGAAGAGACAGCUGAUCAAGUUUUGACCAAGUUCCUCGGUAAUUUUGAAACUGAAGGCACCGCGGAUGGCAGAGUAACGCUUGAAGAGUUUAUGAACUACUACAGUGCUAUCGGCGUCUCUAUUGAUAACGAUUGCUAUUUUGACCUCAUGAUGCGUCAAGCUUACAAGUUGUAA